AUGGACUCUGAAAAGGUUGCGAAAAAUGUCCCAUUGAUGCCAACCAACCGCCUACACGACAACGCUAACAUGUUUUAUGCGAUUCAGAGAACCCAAAAACUCCACGAACUUGACCUCCAAUACCAUCAAUCCGCCCACCAGCUAGAACUAGUCAUCCGAGAAGAGGACGCGCGACGAGCCAAAGUUCGGCAACUCCUCCUCCAAGACGAAGCCUCCACCCUCAAGGACCAAAUCACUCAGCGAGAUGCGCGCAUCAAAGAUCUUGCCGACCAAGCCGACGAUGUGCGCCAGCAACUCGACAGUCUGCACGAACGGUGCAGGAGACAGGAGAAGGUGAUGCAGACUCAGAAUCGCGAGAUUUCUAAUCUAAAGCUCUCCCUCCUCAAGCCAGAAGUCGAACACCUCAAGUCCCAGCUCGCCCACCAAAAGGACGUCCUCGCCGAGAAGCUGGCCCUCGAAAGACAGCUUAACACGCUAGAAGUCGAACUCGCCAACGAGAAGCGCGCCGCGCAAAAGGCUGCCCUGCUCCAGAAGCAGCAAAACGAGAACCAGAACCAGGAGGAGGAGGAAACGCUCAGAGCACAAAUCCGGGAACUGGAGAAGCAGCUGGCCAAGGAAAAGAAGACAUCACAGAAGAGCGCCGAGGUGGAGGAGGAAAUCCAGGGGUUGAGGGGGCAAUUGGCUGCGUUGGAGAAGACUCUUGCUACGGAAAAGAAACAGGCUGCGCAAAAGGAGAAUGCGAUGGCAGAGGUACAGGAGGAGUUGGAGCAGUUGAGGUUGAAUGUUCAGGAGUUGGAAAAGGAGAAGAAGGCUGCUUUGAAGAAGGCGGCCAAGGCGGAGAAGACUACUGACGGUGCGGCGGAUGGGGAGGAGGUUGAGCAGCUAAAGGAGGAGCUCACAAGCCUCAAGAAAGCCCUGGCGCAAGAGCAAAAGGAGACUGAAGCUCUAAGGAAAGAAAACGAGCAAGCGGUGGAAGACGCCGAAGAGCAAAAGAAUGCCCUGCUGAACAGGGUUGAGAAGCUGAAAAACAAGUACAAGGACACGGUUGAGGAGCUGAAGAAGUGCAGAACUGAGCUGGAAAGGGCGAACGAGCGGGCGGAGAAGGCAACGGCUAAGGUCCCUGCUAUCCCUGCUGGGCUUGGCAGCACGACUACUGUCCCUCUGAAGAAGCCUGGCGCAGCCAAGGCGAACGCGAAGAAGAAGAGGACGGUGGAUGAGCUGAUGGUGGAUGAAAAGGUGCUGAUGACGCCGGGGGGAAUGGACGACAGGCCGAAGCGUCCUCUUAAGAAGAGGGGGUUUGACACGUCGGUUUUGGUGGAGAAGUCGACGUUUUCGAUCACGCCGUUUUUGAACAAGACGGUGGGUUCGAUUGGGGAGGUGGAGGGGACGCCUACUGUUGCUACGGUGGGGGUUAAGACCGCCGCUGUUGCUGCGCCGGCUGAAACGAUGGAGGUGGAUGAGGAGGAGGAGCAGCAUCCUGUUGCUGAGGAGGCGGGUGAGCCAGAGGGUGAGGUGGAGGAGGCCGCGCCUGUUGUGGCGAAGGGGAAGAAGAUGGUGGAGAAGAAGACUCGGGGUAGGCCGAAGGGGUCGACGAAUGCGCCUAAGCCGUUGGAGCCUUCCUCGCCUGGGAAGGCAAAUGAGGAUGCGCCUGUGGGUCGUGUCAAGAAGAUGACUGCUAUUUUGCCUUCUUUGGAGGAGGCGGACGUGGAGGGGGAGGCUGUUGUUUCCAAGCCAGCGGCCGCAGAUGCCGCGCCUGGAAGGCAACGUUCUGUGAGCGUGGAGCCGGAGAAGAAGAAGAAGAGGAAGUUGGGCGGUGCAGCGCCUCCGACUAUCUUUGAGGAGGACGAGGACGAGAAGGUAGUUGAGACAGCGAAGCCGGUGGCGGCUGUUGGUGGUGUGAGGAAGAGACCGCCUGUUUCUAGGAUGAACAAGGGGCCGGUGGGCAAGGUGAUUGGGAUUGGUGGGUCAGGGAAGGCCUUUUCGCCGUUGAAGAGGGAUAAGAGGGGUGUGGGAGCGAGCUUUCUGGCUUGA